AUGAGUGCGAAAAGUAAUACCGUCAUGGACAGUAUCAAGUGGAAUUAUGGGCACCAGGACCUGUUCUAUUUACCCCAGUGGCAAACGGGAAGCAGAAUAGACGAGUUCCACGUAAUAUACAGACUGGCGUACGUUUCUUUUUACGUGGUUACGUUCGUCACUGGCUUUUGUCUAGAAGUCGAUAUUCCCAUUACUUUGCAAAUAAUAUAUGCAAGUUGCUAUUACACGUGCUGGCAUUUCAUCAUGUGCACAGUGUCUUCGGUCAUGUCCCUGGUGUGCGUUUUUAAGGAGUACAUGAAACAAAGGCGGUCGAAUAUUAAGGACGAAGACAUAAUCGAAAGGGAACGCUCUGUUUUCUGUAAAGUGCAGUGGAUCGCGAUGUCCAUAGUUACGGAUUCCUCCAUUGCGUUGUGUGUGGGAUAUUUCACCCUGGUCCACUCCCGGGGGUUUCCCUACUUUGCGAAAACCGCCAUUCUGCACCUUUGGGUGCCCAUUUUGGUCAUUAUGGAUUUCAUGAUAUGCAGCGUGCCAGCGAAAUUGGUGCACGGUUAUGCGUCGCUGGCUGUGGCUGUCAUCUACGCUUUGUUCACGUAUAUUUACUAUGUAUGCGGGGGUUUGAGCAUUUACGGAGACCACUACUUGUAUAAGAUUUUAGAUUACAAGGAGAAUCCUGGUACGGCAGUUAUCGCUUUGGUGAGCUGUUUGGCGUGUAUGGUGAUGGGUAGGGUAGUGGUGUACCUUUUAUUUUUGUUGAGGCACAAGAUAUAUUGGAGGUAUUAUGUGCUGGCAACCAACCCCAGUGAAGUAACUCGCUACGUGUAUGAAAUUAGUAAAUAA